ACACUCAGCUCAGUUCCGUUUCCAGUACAUUCUACGGCGUGAUCUCGAAUCCCAGCUUCAGGAUUCAACCUGACCAUUCUCGAAAAGUAGCUAGCUUGUUCUGUACAAGCCAUCUGACCAGGCGCACUGCGGACAUAGCAAAGUCCGUUCUUAGUUAGCAAGGAACAGAACGAUUAUACGUCUUAUAGGCAGUCUGAUAUUCAAACGGCUCGGCUAACAUUAACGUUAUCUAACCAACGUUAUAGUUAACCGUUUCAUAUUAGUUAGCUACCUAACCGACUAGAGAUCUUAUCGAUAUAUUGCAUUGGAUAUUUGUAGUUACGGGGCAUUUGAGUUAUAGCUGAUUGUUAGAGUAGCACAAAGUCUAGUUUAGCUAACCUAACUAACAUAGCUUAUAUACUCGCACCAUCCUGUGCUUCUUGAAGUAGCUAGCGUUAUCUAGUGGUGUGUUCGAUCUAGGGAUAGCUAGCUACCUCCCCUAGCAUCAAUCAUGGCCAAGUGGGGUGAAGGGGAUCCACGCUGGAUAGUAGAAGAAAGAGCCGAUGCAACCAACGUCAACAACUGGCACUGGACUGAGCGGGAUGCGACAAACUGGUCAACGGACAAGCUGAAGGAACUGCUCCUGGGAGUGCACGUGGAGGGGGAGGACGGCGUCUGCAAGGUAACAGAGGUUGACAAGCUGGAGGGAGAGGCAUCCAUCAACAACCGCAAAGGAAAGCUCAUCUUCUUCUACGAGUGGAACAUCAAGGCCACGUGGACAGGAACAUCCAAAACAGGAAUCAAGUACAAAGGCAAUGUGGAGGUUCCCAAUCUCUCGGAUGAAAAUGACAUGGAUGACCUGGAUAUCUCUGUGUCGCUUUGUAAAGAUGAGCCGGACACUCCGCUGCUGGGCUUCAUGAGAAAGGAGGGAGUCAAAGUAGUGAGAGCCGCGCUGGGGAGCUACAUCGGCCACCUGAAGACGGAAUUUACUCAGGGGAUGAUCUUGCCUACGGCCAAUGGUUUGAGCAAGCAGCCCCAGGAGGAGUCUCAGUCCAAGGCCAAAGUGGAUAAAACCCGGGUUGACAGUGGGAGCUCCACCCCUGCGCCCAGCACUGGGGUGAAGAUCCCCACCUGCAAGUUCAGCCUGAAGGAAACUUUCCUCACCUCCCCGGAGGAGCUCUACAGAAUCUUCCUCAACCAGGAGAUGGUGCAGGCAUUCACCCACGGGGCAGCUGUGGUGGACGGAGACAAGGGGGGCAAAUUUCGGCUGAUGGAGGGGAACGUUUCUGGAGAGUUCCAGGAGCUGAUUCCUGAGGAGAAAAUUGUCAUGAAGUGGAGGUUCAAGACCUGGCCAUGUGAGCACUACGCAACUAUCACUCUGAACUUCUUGGACCGGGGUGGAGAGACCGAGAUCAGGGCGGAGUGCAAAGGGGUCCCAGUGAGCGAGGAGGAGAGGACGAAGCAAGGCUGGCAGCGCUACUACUUCGAGGCCAUCAAACAGACUUUUGGCUACGGGGCGAGGCUCUACUGAAAACAAGGGGCCACGUCGUCCUCAUCCUUAGACCUCUGACCUCUGAACUUGAAACCAUGAGACAAAAAGGGAGGGAGGGGGAAAAAAAAAAAAAACGAUUGUCACCUAUCUUUAUUUGUGUGUGUCAAUGCUUUCAUUUCUGGCGCAGAUAUUGGAUGCUGCAAGCACUAGCUGUUUUAGUGAGCAUGACUGAAUGGUGCCUUGACAGAUGGAAAGGCUGCGUUAUGACAGAGUGGUUCUGAGCCUGGGCUUGCUCUCUGGCUCUGUAACAUGUGACCUGGAAGGAGAGAGAGGCUGAAGUGAAAUGGAUUGGUAAAGUCAAAUCGGUAGAAAUAAAAGUCCUUUUCAGUUAAUAAUUAUUUCGAAUUGGUAACUGGGCUGUAUUUUUCGGUUUGUUCUUUCUAUAGAUAAGUCGGCACGAUAAUAUAAAUAAAUACAAUUUUUAUGGAA